GCGGGUCCGCGGCGGGUGACGUAGCGGGUCCGCCAGGCUCGGGGAAGACGCCAAGAUGGCGACGAGUCAGUAUUUCGACUUCGCGCAGGGCGGCGGCCCGCAGUACAGCGCCCAGCCUCCGACCCUUCCCCUGCCCACUGUGGGGGCCAGCUAUACUGCACAACCCACUCCUGGGAUGGACCCUGCCGUGAACCCGGCCUUUCCCGCAGCUGCCCCGGCAGGGUACGGUGGAUACCAGCCCCACUCCGGCCAGGACUUCGCCUACGGCAGCCGACCCCAGGAGACCGUCCCCACGGCCACCACCAUGGCUACCUACCAGGACAGUUACAGCUACGGACAGUCAGCAGCUGCCAGGAGCUAUGAGGACAGGCCGUACUUCCAGUCUGCUGCCCUCCAGUCUGGGCGCAUGACAGCCGCAGACUCCAGCCAGCCAGGGACCCAAGAGGCCUGCGGGCAGCCCAGCCCCCAUGGCAGUCACAGCCACGCUCAGCCCCCACAGCAGGCGCCCAUAGUGGAGUCCGGACAGCCAGCGAGCACCUUGUCCUCGGGAUACACCUACCCCACGGCGACAGGCGUCCAGCCCGAGUCCUCAGCUUCCAUCGUGACCUCCUACCCCCCGCCCUCCUACAAUCCCACCUGCACCGCCUACACGGCACCAAGCUACCCGAACUAUGACGCGUCGGUGUACUCCGCCGCCAGCCCUUUCUAUCCUCCAGCGCAGCCCCCGCCUCCCCCGGGACCCCCGCAGCAGCUGCCCCCGCCGCCCGCGCCUGCAGGCUCAGGAAGCAGCCCCAGGGCCGACUCGAAGCCACCGCUUCCCAGCAAGCUGCCGAGACCCAAGGCCGGGCCCAGGCAGCUCCAGCUUCACUACUGCGACAUCUGCAAGAUCAGCUGCGCCGGCCCCCAGACCUACCGGGAACAUCUGGGAGGGCAGAAGCACAGAAAGAAGGAGGCGGCCCAGAAGACAGGCGUGCAGCCCAACGGGAGCCCGCGCGGGGUGCAGGCGCAGCUGCAUUGCGACCUGUGCGCCGUGUCCUGCACCGGGGCAGACGCCUACGCGGCCCACAUCCGGGGAUCCAAGCACCAGAAGGUCUUCAAGCUGCACGCCAAACUGGGGAAGCCCAUUCCCACCCUCGAGCCUGCACCGCCCACGGAGAGCCCCCCUGGGGCGGAGGCCAAGCCCACGUCCCCCACUGGCCCCAGCGUGUGUGCCUCGAGCAGGUCAGCGCUGGCCAAGAGACCCGUGGCCUCGAAGGCCUUAUGCGAGGGGCCUCCUGAGCCACAGGCAGCAGGCUGCAGACCCCAGUGGGGGAAACCAGCCCGACCUAAAUUAGAGGGUCCCAGAGCACCUACCCAAGGAGGCUCAGAGGAAGCUCCUGCGGGCUGCUCUGAUGUGCAGCCGGUGGGCCCGGAAUAUGUGGAGGAGGUGUUCAGCGACGAAGGGCGAGUGCUUCGCUUCCACUGCAAGCUGUGCGAGUGCAGUUUCAACGACCUUAACGCGAAGGACCUGCACGUGAGGGGGCGGCGGCACCGGCUGCAGUACCGGAAGAAAGUGAACCCGGACCUUCCCAUUGCCACGGAGCCCAGCAGCCGGGCUCGGAAGGUCCUGGAGGAGCGCAUGAGGAAGCAGCGGCACCUGGCGGAGGAGCGGCUGGAGCAGCUGCGGCGCUGGCACGCGGAGAGGAGGCGGCUGGAGGAGGAGCCACCCCAGGAUGUGCCGCCCCACGCGCCGCCCGACUGGGCCCAGCCUCUGCUCAUGGGCAGGCCGGAGUCACCCGCCAGCGCCCCACUCCAGCCCGGGCGGCGGCCGGCGUCCAGCGACGACCGGCACGUCAUGUGCAAGCAUGCCACCAUCUACCCCACGGAGCAGGAGCUCCUGGCCGUGCAGAGGGCCGUGUCCCAUGCAGAGCGGGCCCUCAAGCUGGUGUCCGACGUGCUGGCCGAGGAGGACCGGGGCCACCGAGAGGAAGAGGGUGACAAGCGCAGCAGCGUUGUCCCCCAGACUCGGGUCCUGAAAGGCGUCAUGCGAGUAGGCAUCCUGGCGAAAGGCCUUCUCCUGCGUGGGGACAGGAACGUGCACCUCGCUCUGCUCUGCUCCGAGAAGCCCACGCACAGCCUGCUGCGGAGGAUCGCCCAGCAGCUGCCCCGGCAGCUCCAGAUGGUGACUGAGGAUGAGUAUGAGGUCUCCUCCGACCCUGAAGCCAACAUUGUCAUCUCCUCCUGUGAGGAGCCCAGGAUGCAGGUCACCAUAUCUGUCACCUCACCUCUGAUGCGGGAGGACCCCUCCACAGACCCAGGUGCGGCCCAGCCCUUCCUUCCAACCACUGUCCCCCGCACGCUUCCCCAGGGCGCUCCCCACACCCAGGCCUGGGGCAGCGUCUGCCUCUGCCCUGAGCAGGAAAUGCCACAGCAGCCACGCUCCAGCACUGCUGUCCCCCUGAGGAUUCCAUGGGUCACACAAGAGCUGAGUCUCCAGGCAGCAGAGGAGGCUCGAGCCAGCGGCCUGCAGCCAUGCGUGAUCGUCAUCAGGGUCCUGAGGGACCUCUGCCGGCGUGUGCCCACCUGGGGGGCCCUGCCAGCCUGGGCCAUGGAGCUGCUGGUGGAGAAGGCUGUGAGCAGCGCGGCUGGGCCCCUGGGCCCCGGGGAUGCAGUCAGGCGAGUCCUGGAGUGCGUGGCCACAGGGACGCUCCUGACAGACGGGCCCGGGCUCCAGGAUCCCUGCGAGAGAGACCAGACAGAUGCCCUCGAGCCCAUGACCCUCCAAGAGCGGGAAGACGUGACCGCCAGCGCCCAGCACGCCCUGCGAAUGCUGGCCUUCCGGCAGACCCACAAGGUCCUGGGCAUGGAUCUCCUGCCGCCCAGACACCGGCUGGGGGCCCGCUUCCGGAAGAGGCAGCGGGGACCUGGCGAGGCAGAGGAGGGCGCAGGGGAGAAGAAGCGGGGCCGGUGGGGCGGAGAGGGGCUCGUGUGAGGCGCCUGCCUCCCCCACCUGCAGGCCUUCGUGUCCCUGCACUCCUGGACGUGUGCGCGCCGACCAAUGGCUGCUUCAUCCCCGACGUUGGACAAUGGUCAUUUCCUUUUGAGUAAUGCUCUGUAGGUUUCCUUUAAAACACCUGCGCUUCAGGCCGGGCACUGUGGCUCAUGCCUUUAAUCCCAGCACUUUGGGAGGCUGAGUUGCUUGAGCCUGAGAGUUCAAGGCCAGCCCAGACAACAGAGUGAGACCCCCAUCUCUCCAAAAUAUUUUUAAAAAUCAGCUUGGCGUGGUUGGUGGCCAGGCGCGGUGAUUCACGCCUGUAAUCCCAGCACUUUGAGAGGCCGAGGUGGGCAGAUCGCCUGAGGUCAGGAGUUCGAGACCGGCCUGGUCAACAUGGUGAAACCCUGUCUCUAGUAAAAAACACAACAAUUAGCCUGGCGUGGUGGUGUGCACCUGUAGUCCCAGCUACUUGGGAGGCUGAGUCCGGAGCCUUGAGGCCAGGAGGGCAGUGAGCUGUGAUUGCACCAUGACACUCUAGCCUGGGCAACAGAAGAAGACUGUCACUUAAAAGAAAUGUUUUUUAACAUUUGUGCUUAAAUUGUUAGAGAAAUGACACCAUCCAGCCCUGGGAGUGGCACCCCUUCCUCGAGGGCCCCAUCCCCCACAGCCGGGGGGCCAGCAGUACAGCAAGCAGAUUCUAAACUCGGGGGCAUCUUGCUGGCUCUAAACUCACCUCGUGGUACAGGAAGGGGUUUUAACAUACUUCCCCUGGGCUGGGCAUGGUGGCUCACACCUAUAAUCCCAGCACUUUGGGAGGCCAAGCUUGGUGGAUCGCUUGAGCCCAGGGGUUUGAGAUCAGUCUGGGCAAUAUGGUGACACCCCAUCUCUACAAAAAAUUAGCCAGUUGUGGUGGCCCAAGCCUGUAGUCCCAGCUACUCGGGAGGCUGAGGCCAUAGGAUCCCUUGAGCCCAGGAGUUCAAGGCUGCAGCGAGCCGAGAUUGCGCUACUGAACUCCAGCCUGGGUUACAGAGCGAGACCCUGUCUCAAAGAAACAAACAAACAAACAAAACUUUUUUGGAUGCGGCUGCGGCAUGGAUUUGAAAUCACGUGGGCAGGCCCUGUUCUGGGGCCCCACCACAUGUGCAGGACAAGCCCAGGGGGGCUCCCAGCCGGCAAGCCCACGCCCCCAGCCCAGCCUGCUCCAAACAAUCCCCCCACCCACCUCCGCAGCCAGGAUGUCAGCAGGGCCUGAGCCAGGCUCGUCCCCUGUGGGGAGGGCCACAGGGCCAGGUGGACACGCCGACGGGCGAUGAGGAUCCUGGCUGGGCCUCCCCCGGGAACAGCUGUGCUGGACAGUCAGACCCGGAGCCCAGAGGCACCCCCACCCACCCCCCGCCCCGAGCCCUGUACCACUGAGUGCCUUUCACAGAGAAAACCCACUCUGCCAUGUGUCACUGAGGCCUGGAUUUUAGCUUUCAUCCUUCCUUCCUCCCUCUCUCCCUGAUGUAGGCCUUGGCUGGCCCUGAGGCAGGGGGUCCCCAAAUCCCCCCUUGUGGUAGCAGGGCCCGGGACCCGUGCCUGGGGGACCCGGGGAGGGGCCGCCGUCUUGUGAAUGCUGGCCAUGGUGGGCAGGCGCCUCCUGGCACUGAUGGAUGUGGGGGCACCCCCUUCUGAGUCCCCACCCCAACCUGUUCAAACCUUCUGCUUGGUCAGUUUUUUUUUCUUUGGCCAGCUGCCCAAUGGCAUUGAAUGAGAAAAGUCCACCUUUGGGCAGAUGUGAUCUCCAGCCAGUAGCUCAGUUUUGUUUCUCUGUGUUUGAAGGACAGCCUGCAUGUGGCUCUGUCUGAAUGUCUUUGUAGAGCUACCUGGAAAUUGGGAGGCAGGGGGAAUAAAGGAAAUCAUUUGUC